AUCUUGAAUUCAGUUCUCGAUGGUCGCUCGCCGGUGAGGAGUUACGCCGUGUCUCCUGCACUUCGCCCCGUAACUCAAAACUUUUCGGCUCGUAAACUGUAAAAAACACAAUUGUUUCUAUUCAAAAUGUGAAAUGUUACGCGCUUACUAGCAGUUCCGAUAGUAAUCAGUUCCAAAUUGUAGAAGUUUUCAGUUUAUCCGCGAUCGGCGUUGGGAUUCGGGUUUGUUUACAUUCACAUUCCGGUAACCUAAAAGUGUGUUCGGUUGCGAACGGAUUCGGAUACGAUGCUCUAAACUUGGAUACAGUGACCUCAACUUGGAUGUACGGUGUCUGGUAGUGUGACUCGAGUUUUCACCUGGAAACUGAGUGUGUGUCUCGCCGGGUGUUUGAGUGUUGUGUUUUAUGCCCUCGUUUCGAAGUUUGACAUGUGAGAUCAGAAUGUGUCACGAUGCAUCGUUACUUCAGAAUUUCCAUCAUCCUGCUGGCUGUCUUCGUGUUCCAGCUGCAUGUGUUUGGACUCGACGCCGAAAAUGAAGAGGGCGAGUCGAUGAGCCUGGAGCCGAUGUACGACCGGAUGACGCGGCACCGGUCGAUCAAGCGAGUGCCGACCAACUACAGAGGGAAGCUGGGCGUCCGGUGGCGGAGGCAGAACGAGCGCGGGGUGGGCGCCGGAGCGGGCGUCGGUGGGCGCCUCAAGAAAACGGCCGCCGCCCACCAGAACGGCCACGGCCCGCCGCUACCGCCGCUAGACGACGAGGCGCCCCCGGAGAUGAUCUACCUCAACUCAAACGCCAGCGCUCUCUACCACUCCAAAGAGAAGCAGAACAAAAUCGGCAAAAACUUCCGCUCGUGGACUGAGAUCGAGAGCCGCGAAGAACAAACGGAGUCAAAGAACGUUGUCGUCAAGUCCCGGGAAUCCGCCUCCAUGGAGACAAAGGAGGCGGUCUCCAGCGAGAAGUUGGACGACACGGAGACGCUCGGCUGCGAAGGGCUCGAGCUUUGUUCCGGCGAGGUGCCCACCGCACGUCGAGCCCCGGACCCGCCCACCUCGCGGGACAAACUCGCGGACCCGACUCCCAAACGGAAGGAGCGCCUUCUGUCGACAAGAGAGCGCAACACCACCGAGGUCACACCCGCACGCCACCGAGGCUCCAUCGUCCCCCUGUUCCACACCACCGAAUCCUCGCCCGGCUGGGAGGGCCGCAGCAAGAAACGCCGCAUCUCCAGCACGAUACCCACAUCCGUCUCCACGGAAGUCUUCCCGCAAACGAUGUCCUACUCGCUCUACAAUCAUUUCCGGCCGAUCGACCAGGAGGUGCCGCAAGAAGCCAUCAUGCCGUUCUUAGAUUUCGGCCGCAAGUUGGCGCCUCCUAGUGGAGUGAACUCCUUGGAGAUCUCUCCAGAACGGGCGAGGCGGCCCUCCUCGACGACCGCUCGGACGGAGGACGACCUCCACGACGAGAUGGACGUCACGCUGGACCGGAAGGCCGUCGAGCGGAAUUCAGCGCCGAAACUGCGCGUGCGCUCGCGAGGCUCCAGUAUCGCCGGUCUCUUCCGCAAGGCUGCGGCACCGUCGCCCGUGCUCGCAGCCGCGAGAAUCGACUGCGCCAAAAUCCUGAAGCGACGAACGUUCCAGCACACCGACGAGUACAAGCAGUGCCUCAGCAUGGAGCCCGUCACCGAUAAUGAAACCAGUACGGACGUGCAGGCGUCCAAUCACAAGUACUCCGACGAUAACGAGCCUCCGAAAGUUUCCAGCGUGUACGAGAUUGUGAACAUUAGUAAUAAGUCCAAGUCUGACGACAAGCUUUACCAUUACGAGGUAGAACCGUCUACGACGAAUUCUAGCGAGGCGCCCCACGCGGCAGAGGUGACCUCCGGGUCGGAGAUCUCCACCAGGGUGACGUCGCUGACCUCCUCGACCCCAAGACGCGACACCACCACUCGUGCCGCCUCGCGGAGUCCAGGGGCCACCGAGAGGAGCUUCGGUCGCACCUCCACAACCGUGGUCACGGGGAAACCGGCCUCAGCGCGCACGGCAGAGACCCCUAGCGGCGAGCAGACGCAACGCAGCUACCUCGAUAGUUCCUUGCUGCGGACUUCCGUCGAUCCAAUGCUUACCGCAUCACACCAAAGAGAUACGCCAAAGACGACACCCUCGCCUCAGCCAGAGGUGACUGAAGCGAUUGAGAGUGAGGAUAAUUUCACGUCCGUCGUGUAUGAGAUCCACGCAACGCCGGAUAAUGUGACCCCGCCGCAGUACUUCUUCCGGGAGCAGACUACGGACCCGCCGCAGUUGACGACGACGAAAUAUCCGUUCCCUGCCGUGGUGAACGCGAAGAACACCACGGUUCUUCAGCCCCUGGAGGAGGCCGGACCCAUAUAUCCUGAUGGUCUUGGCACUUUCACGUAUGUGCUCGCGUUCAUCGCCAUGGUUCCGCUUAUUCUGGGAGCUGUUGUCGUUGCCAGGCUUAUACUAGGAUACAAUAAAAAGAAGGUAUUCGAUGGUUCGGAGUAUUCAUCCGAAUACAACAGAAGUCCCCUAGAGAUUAACGGACUGGUGACGUCAUCUCCUAUGACCACGAAACUUCCAAGAGUACCGCAGCAUUUAGGUUGGGAAAUGGAGAAAACUGGCGGACUGACGAUCGUACCUACACCGAGCUCGAAAUGGGAGUUCCCGCGGGAAAAACUUCGCCUACAAACGGUCCUUGGACAGGGCAACUUCGGGCAGGUGUGGAAGGCGGAGGCUGACGACCUGAGUGGACACGCGGGUCUCACACGAUUGGUGGCGGUCAAAACGGUCAAAGAGGGCGCCUCGAGCAAGGAGCGAGAAGACCUCCUUCGGGAGUUGGGCAUCAUGCAAGACCUCGGCUCCCACCCAAAUGUGGUUCAACUUCUUGGCUGCUGCACUGAAAAAGAGCCUUAUCUCUUGAUAAUGGAAUAUGUUAUGUACGGAAAGCUUCUGUCAUUCCUGCGAGACCAAAGAACCAGAGCUCAAUAUUACAAUUUCUCCGAUAAUGGGGAAAAUUUGACCUCUAGAGAUUUAACAGUAUUUGCUUACUGCGUUGCCAGGGGCAUGGAUUAUCUUGUUUCCAAAGGCAUCAUCCACCGAGAUUUAGCUGCAAGGAAUGUUCUUGUAGACCAUAACAAAUUAUGUAAAAUAGCAGACUUUGGAAUGUCCCGUAAUGUGCGAGACACCGGGCAAAUUUACGAACAAAGACACAGCAGAGGCGCGCUACCAAUCAGAUGGAUGGCUCCAGAAUCGCUCCACUAUUCUUUAUUCACUCACAAGACUGAUGUAUGGAGUUUUGGAAUCCUAGUUUGGGAAAUCGUCACUUUAGGUCUGACACCAUACCAGUCAAUGGAAGCGAGGGACGUGAUGCGGCGAAUUCGGACCGGUUAUCGUUUGGAGCGACCGUCUCACUGUCGCACAGAGCUUUACCAAGUGAUGGUCGACUGCUGGCGAGCCAACCCCGCAGACCGACCCACCUUUGCAGAACUGAAGAAGGCCCUCUGCGCACUGUUGGAAAACAAUGAGUACGAGGGAAACUACGUUGACCUAGAGAGCCUCGCAGAUGAGAUGCACAGGCAAGGAUGAAACAAUCGCCACUUUCCUCGUUAGGCGGUAAUCGGGAUUUCCACGGUCGCCGUUAACGGGUCCUAAAGUGUUGUAGACUCGUUCGAUUUUGUUGAGUCCUGUGGGAAUCACAGGGAAGCCACUAUGCCUGAAGACUUUUGAGUAUAGGAGGUUUCCCCUCUCUCCCCUCGCCUUGUCACCCGGAGACAAUCUUAAGCAUUCAACCGACUUGUCCUGGUGGAUCCCCUCGUUAAGGCCACCUAGUGAAACAGAUUUUGUAAACAAAAUUUCUAAUUACAAUAUAACAUUUUUUUGAGUUUUCUGUUAUAUUAGUCGAUUUUAUGAGACUUGGCUAUGGGUUUAUCGCCCACUACCUAGAUGAGACUUCGCUAUAAGUUUAUCGCCCACUAGAUGAGACUUUUAAGGAAAGGACAAACGAUGUCAAUUUUUACUGUAAAUUACCAACAACAUUAUUUUUUCAUGAAAAGUAAAGAAGUUUCCGUGAAAUAUAAGGUUGGUUCAUACAUGUUAAAUACACCAGCGAUCGUGAUCAGACAAAACUAUUUUGAUUAGAGUUUUGUCAAAUGCAGCAUCCAAAUUUUGUGUAGACAAAGGGACAACUCAGUCAACUGAGUCACGACAUCGUAAGGUUCGACAAAGGUCCACUUUACCUUCUUGCUGCAACGUGUUUGGUCCCUCAAAAAGAUGCCCCUUUCUCUGAAAACUAGGGAAUGGACCACUAGGCGACAUGCUACAGUACGUCAAAGGUGCAAAUUGAUGUAUGUACUCUCUGAUGUAUGUUUUUCUUCAAAAUUUUAAGUGAAACAUAAGCCAAUGAUGUCAAUGAUCGAACCAGGCAAGCAAAUCUACUGUGAUUUAUUUGUAUAUAGUUAUUUUUAGUUUCAUUUUUAGUGUAAAAUAUUCAUCGUGGGAAAAGAUGAUCAAUUCUUGAGAAAGCUCGAAUUUAGAAGUUUAUUAAAAGGAUAGGCGUAUGCCACCAUAAAUACGUAGUCUACUGUCAGAGGAUUUUUUUUUUUUUUUUUUUUUU